AUGUCAUCCAACAACAACAAACAUCUUGUACGCGUAACAACACACAUCUCACCAAGAGGUGGCAACAAAAAUUGGAAAUGGAAAUUAGAAGAUGGAAUCAGAAAGAAAAGACAAUCGAGAAGAAGAAAAGAAACAAGAGUGGUGGAUGUGGCGCCAAGUGUGGAAAUUCUAACCAACCCUGCAUUCAAUAAUGUGGAUGAUCCACACACAACCAUUGCUUCACAACAGUCAAUCACCCACAGUCAUCACCACCAAACUGAUCAGAACCAUAACGAUUCAAUUACGACAACAAGACACAAUUCUAACUCUUUACCAUUUAUCUUUGUGAACAACAGUGCUUCCAUUCGAUCCGCUGACUUGCUGCAACCACAUGGUGUUACUUCUUCUUCUUCUCAACAACAACAUCAUCCACACAAUCAGACAGUGACACGAACUGCAUGCAUGAUGACAAAUAAUAGGGAACCAUUAUCGUCGUCUCCAUUAUUCUUGCCCUCCUCUCACGAGAAUGGAAAUAUUCCUCAUGUGGUGGUAGAGAGCUCGACGAUUCUAAAUACCUCUUCUUCUUUUCUAAUAUCAACGAAUCUAACAAGCAACAAUCUUUGGAAUUAG